GUGUACGGCCAGAUGCCGGAGUGAAAACAUCUCGCCAAACAAAAAUAAUAAUUGAUUGAUUUUUGUUCAUUUCAAUUGUUUUUUUGAGAAAUUUUGAGUUUUACUUUGCGCCACCCUAGCAGAGAUGGCGCGAUUGGCGCGGUUCCUUUGUCUGCUGAUGACAGUCUGUGUAUUGACUGGAUCAGUUUGGUCUGAAAUUCGAGUGAAGCGACAGGACGAGGACGAAGGUCCGGAUUCGAGCCCGGAGGAAUUAUGUGCAGACAGGCCGGCCGAUGAAUAUUUCAGGUUGACCACGGAAGGAGACUGCAGGGAAGUCGUCAGGUGCGACAGCGGCGCCGAGAACGGGGUCACCAGGUUGGCCCAAGUCAAAUGCCCGGGCGGCCUGGCCUUCGACGUGAUCAGACAGACUUGCGACUGGAAGUCGAAUGUCAAAAACUGUGAUCAAUUGGAAAAACCUAGGAAGGUUCUGCCCAUAUUCAAGACUGACGAACCAGUUUGUCCAGAAGGCAAACUGUCCUGUGGAAACGGGGAAUGUGUUGACAAAGAACUGUUCUGUAAUGGCAAACCCGAUUGCAAAGAUGAAUCUGACGAAAAUGCUUGCACCGUUGACUCAGAUCCCAACAGAGCACCAGAUUGUGAUCCAACCCAAUGCGUUUUGCCAGACUGUUUCUGUUCAGCUGAUGGUACUAGAAUUCCUGGCAACAUCGAAGCAAACCAAGUUCCACAAAUGGUGACAAUUACAUUCAACGGAGCAGUCAAUGUAGACAACAUUGAUCUGUAUGAGGAAAUCUUCAAUGGACAAAGACAAAAUCCAAAUGGUUGCCAAAUCAGAGGUACUUUCUUCGUUUCCCACAAAUACACAAAUUACUCAGCUGUACAAGAUUUGCACAGGAAAGGACAUGAAAUCUCAGUGUUUUCAUUGACCCACAAAGAUGACCCACAAUAUUGGACAGGAGGUUCAUAUGAUGACUGGUUAGCCGAAAUGGCUGGUGCCAGGUUGAUCGUUGAACGAUUUGCUAACAUUACUGAUGGUUCCAUUAUUGGUAUGAGGGCACCUUACUUGAGAGUGGGAGGUAACAAACAGUUUGAAAUGAUGAGCGACCAAUUCUUUGUGUACGAUGCCUCUAUCACAGCAUCUUUAGGGCGUGUGCCAAUUUGGCCUUACACUCUAUACUUCAGAAUGCCCCACAAAUGCAACGGCAAUGCACACAAUUGUCCAUCUAGAAGUCAUCCAGUUUGGGAAAUGGUUAUGAACGAAUUAGAUAGAAGAGAUGAUCCCACUUUUGACGAGUCUCUCCCCGGUUGUCACAUGGUAGACUCUUGCAGUAAUAUCCAAACUGGUGAACAAUUUGCUCGUCUGCUCAGACACAACUUCAACCGUCAUUUCAACAGCAACCGUGCCCCAUUAGGGCUCCAUUUCCACGCAUCGUGGCUCAAAUCUAAGAAGGAAUUCAAAGAAGAACUUAUCAAAUUCAUCGAAGAAAUGUUAGGCAGAAACGAAGUCUAUUUCACAACAAUGUUACAAGUUAUACAGUGGAUGCAGAAUCCAACAGAAUUAACUGCUCUGAGAGACUUCCAAGAAUGGAAGGAGAAAUGCGACGUCAAAGGGCAACCUUACUGUUCAUUGCCAAACGCGUGCCCCCUGACGACUCGGGAACUCCCGGGCGAAACUUUGAGACUGUUCACUUGCAUGGAGUGCCCAAAUAAUUACCCUUGGAUAUUAGAUCCUACAGGAGACGGUUUCUCCGUUAGGAAGUAG